GAAACAAGAAAUAAAAGGGUUUUUGAUUCCAUCAGCAGAGAGACAGAGAGAGAAAGAGAGAAACGAGAAACGCAAACCAAAGAGGUCUCACUCUUCCGCUCACAUUUCUCAAAUUCAUACUCAUACUCGUUCUCGCAGUAACCAUGGCUGAUGAACCACAAAAUGAUAUGAAGGAGGAGGUUGCAGAGAUUACCCCAUUUGAUCCUAGUAAGAAGAAGAAGAAAAAGAAAACUACAAUCAUAGAUCCUGCAGAUGAUCUGGACAAGUUGGCUGAGAAGACUGAAAAUUUAACAGUGGCUGAAGGCGUUGAGAGUACAUUUGCUGGUUUGAAAAAGAAGAAGAAGAAGCCUGUUGAAAUCAGCAACUUAAAUGAAGAGAGUGGAGAUGCAGUUGAAGAUUUGGAUGAUGCUGCUGAACAAGAUGAAGGAGACCCAAUUUCCUUGCAGCCUCGUUAUCCUUGGGAAGGGAGUGACCGUGAUUAUCAAUAUGAGGAGCUUCUUGGCAGGGUGUUCAACAUUCUACGUGAGAAUAAUCCGGAACUUGCCGGCGACAGGCGGAGAACUGUUAUGAGACCUCCACAGGUUCUUCGUGAGGGCACGAAGAAAACUGUUUUUGUGAAUUUUAUGGACCUAUGCAAAACGAUGCAUCGACAGCCAGACCAUGUUAUGGCUUUCUUGCUUGCUGAACUGGGUACAAGUGGCUCUUUGGAUGGACAGCAAAGACUGGUUGUGAAGGGAAGAUUUGCACCAAAGAACUUUGAAGGAAUUCUGCGACGAUAUAUCAAUGAAUAUGUCAUUUGCCUUGGGUGUAAAAGUCCUGACACAAUACUUUCUAAGGAGAAUCGUCUGUUCUUCCUUCGAUGUGAGAAGUGUGGAUCUGGAAGAUCAGUUGCUCCGAUCAAGGCUGGUUUCGUGGCUCGUGUUGGCCGUAGGAAUGCGGGCACAUGAUUUGAUCUGAUACAUAUAUGUAGACUGGCCGGGAAAAUGAUACCUUGUCCCAAAAUUUUUUGGCUAUGUAUGAUGGAUUCUUUACUUCCGUUGAGGUUAAUAGGGUUGUUUCUCUUUCCGGGGUUUAAACGUUAUAUCAUGAUCUUUAGAGAAUGAUGCAUAACUAGUCUUGUCUCUUGUUUUGAGCUUGGACUACUUAUUUUUGCCGAUUAAACGAAAA